UUCAACCUCCUCUUCCUCUCUCACACCACGUCCUUUCACGACCAAUUUCGAUCCUCCUCCUCCUCCUCUUCUCUCUGUACGAGUUUCUGCCUCUCUCCCUAUCCUUUCCUACCUAGGCGGCCCCCCCUCUCGCUGAGCCGUGCAUGCCAAAACAAGCACCCACCGGCGACGGCAUCAAAAACAUCGCCAGCGACCAUGCCCUUCGUCAGUGAAGACAUCCGCCCUGGGAUCAAGCGAAGACUCAGCGACGACCAUGAACCGACAUCCUACCGCCCCGACCAGCCUAAGGACUUUUACCUCCUCAACCAGCGGCCCGAUCUCACCCCGCGCAAGAUCCUUCCCCUGACCAAGCGAGCCCGCAUCACCGAGGAUGACAUCCUCACCCACGACAACUUUACCUACACCAACUCUCACAGACGGCGCCGGUCCUCGCAGCUCAAGAUGAUGCCAGUGCAGCCCCUUUUCGCCAGCCGUCCUUCACCUCGGCCAACCGGUGCCGUCCUCGCUCCCUGCCACAUCUGCCACCGCAAGCCAACGAAAAAGUCCGACCUCGACUCGUUUGCCGAAUGUCAAGGCUGUGGUGAACGAACGUGUUUUGUUUGCAUUCGAGAGUGUCAAGGCUGGAACCUGGAUAGAGACACAUUACUGUCAGAACAAGAAGCGUUCUCGAGGUCUUUUCAUAUGCACGACGCCGACGAUGAUCACCCCUCACAACGCAAUGCCAAGGGAGGACAAGAAGCAAAUAAAGGAUGGGAUGCUGUUGGACACCGUUCUGUGGUGUGCAGUCGAUGCUGCAUAGAACGCGGUGCAGAAGGAGACGUUGCAUGCUUGGGCUGCUUCUCCCGCAUGGAGGGCUCCUGA